GCGGUGCUGGAGAACGUCAUUUUCGUGCACCAGGAGGAAUCCAACUGGCCGCUGGCGGAGGGCAAGGUGCUCAAGGAGAAGUUUGACGACAUCUUCGCAGCCACCAAGUAUACCAAGGCUUUGGAGGCGCUUCGCAAGCUGCGUACUGAGAAAGCCCAGUCGCUUAAGGAAUACAGGUUGAGCAUGGAGACGCUCAAACAGGUCAAGGACAUGGCUACCCACCACAUGGGUCAGCGGGAGGAGGCAAAGUCCCGGGUAGCGGACUGCCAGGCGCAGAUGGCCAGCUUCGAAACUAAGAUACGGGAUCUGGAGCAGCAGCGCUCAGCCCUGGCCUCCAAGCUUGGGGAGAUCGACUCAUUGGCCCGCGACAUGAGCAGCCGCCGGGGGCAGCUAGAGCAGCUGAGGGCCACCAACCGGGAGCGGGAGGACAGGUUCAGGAACGAGGGGCGCGAGGAUUUCGAGGAGAGCAGUGAGGAGCUGCAAGCGCAUCUGGUGGACAGCGACCGGGUGGCGGCAGGGAAGCAGCAGCGGUGCACCGCACUGGAACGGGAGGUGGAGGCGGCCAGGAGCAGGAAGGAGGCCAUGGCGGCACAGCACCAGCGGGACUGUCUCCGUCACGGCCAGCUGGCGGGUGAGGCCGCCAACCAUGCGUCCAACGUGGCGGAGCGGGAUAGGGCCAUACGGGCGACUGCGGUGGCACUGGCUCUGCCGCUGCCGAUGCAAGGGGAGCAGACGGCGGACGGAAGCUUUUCCUCUGCCGCCGCGGAGGGCUUUUGCAGGGAGGUGGCGACCAGGGUGCAGGAGCUGGAGGGUCGAGUGCGGGCGCUGAGGGCGGACGCCAGGACCAACGAGGGCCGGCUGAGCUCUGCAGUGGAUGCCGCCACGGCGCAGCUGGCUCGGGCGCAGGAGGGCCUGCGGCUGAAGCGGGUGCAGCUGGAGGACAACCGCAACGCCAUCAGCAACUGCGGCGCGCAGAUUCAAGGCAGCCAGUUCACGGAGGUCAGCGCCCGGGCGCUCCGGGAGGACGCGGAGCGGGCCGAGGAGCUGUAUCGCCGGAAGCAGAUGGAGGAGUCCUCCAGCGAUGCAGCUCGCCAGGUGGAGGCGGCCCGCCAGGAGGUGGAGGCCGCCACUCGCCGCAUGUCGGAGCUGCGGGCGGAGCGACAGCGCGCGGCGGCGGCAGCGGAGGGCUCCGCCAGGCUGCGUCUCAAGCGCACCGACCUAGAGUCCAAGGAGGAGCAGUUGUCCAAGGUGGUUGCCGCCCGGCGCCUGGAUCUGACGAAGGCCCUGGCGCUGCCAGCCGGGGAGGCGCUUCCUGCGCCUGGGGCGUUGCGGGCUCGUGCUGAGGGAGUUCUCGGUCGGCUGCGGGGGGAGGAGGCGGACCACCUAAGGGCCUCACAAGAGGCACACCGGGCGGCGGAGACUGCCAAGAGCGCCCUGACAGCCCGGCGCGGCGAGGUGUCCCGCUGCCAGGCGGACAUGGAGCGGCUGCGGGGGGAGCUGCGGCACGGGAUGGCCGCCGCCGUGGGGGAAGUCGGGGUCAGCGAGGAGGAGUACAACAACAAGAUUGUGACGAUGCAACAGGUUGAGGACAGGCGGCGCAACCGGCUGGGCAAGUGCAGCGCCAUGGAGACGUUGUUCAAGGAGUACCGGGAGACGGUGAACAAUGGGGGGGACUGCCCGCUGUGCUGCCGGGGCUUUUCCGAACCGGAGCGCCGGGUGUGUCUACGGCAUAUCGACGAGGAGAUGAAGAUCCUGCCCAAGAGCAUCGAAGAUUGUCAAUUCGCCCUGCAGCAGCUGCAGCGGCAGCUAGAGGCACUGCGGGCGCUCCAGCCCGCCUGGGUACGUUACAAUGACCUGCGCGCUAAGCUGCCGCAGCUGCAGCAGGCGGAGCAGCAGCUGCAAGAGCAGGUGGAGGAGCUCUCGGAGAAGGCCAUGGCGGCCCAGAUGGACUACGCGGAGGUACAUGAGCGGGUGAAGGAGCUGACUCGCAUCAACAGCGAGGUGGUGUGGCAUGUAGACAGGCUGGCGGGGGAGGCUGAGGUGCUGAGGAAGGAGAUUGCUGUCCUGGACCCGGCGGCUGCGACUGCCCCAGCCGGCUGCAGCGUGAGCGAGAUCGACACCGAGCUGGAGGCGGUGGAGGCGGCCCGGCAGCGCGCGGAGCUGGCGCGCGAUGGGGCGAUGGCGCGUGUGAACCGGUAUCGUGAUGAGCGUGCGCUGGAGGCGGCGGCGGCGGUCAACCGGGUCAAUGAGUUGCAGAGCAAGAUUCAAGAGCUGGAGGCCGCCAAUACGGUUCUGGAGCAGGAGCUGCGGGCGGCCGCCGGCAACCUGGGCCCCCUGGAGACGGAGCGGGACAGCCUGUUGCGUCAGCGGGACGAGGCCAGGCAGCGGGCGCAGCGGGAGGUGACGGAGGCGGAGGAGCAGCUCCGCGGCGCUCAGUUGCACCUGUCCCAGCUGCUGGAUAAGGCCCGGGUGGUCUCGGAGUACGAAGCCCGAGGCAGGGGUGCCGAGCUGGCUCGCAUGGGUUCGGAGCUGGAGGCAGCUCAGGGUCGUAUCGAGGAGCAGGGCCGGGUGCUAGCAGCCAAGGAGGAGGAGCUCACGGCGCUGCGCCAGGAGCUGGUUGCGGAUGCAGCCCUCCGGCGGGACGUGGUGGACGUGUUGGACAUGCGGUCGAGUCGGAAGGCUGAGGAGGAUCUCGCGACUGAGUUGGCGGCCAUGGAGGCCCGCGUAGCACAGGUUGGCGACCCGGGCUCCCUUCACCGCCAGGCCACCUCCCUGGCUGAGCAGCGUGAUGCGCUGAGGUCGCAACAGGACGUACUGCGGGGCCACAUCGCCGCUGCGCAGCAGGCGGCUGCCCGGGCGCAGGCGGAGCUGAACGACCCAAAGUACCGGGACAUCCAGCAGCGCUUCUAUUCUCAACAGGUGACCGUCAAGACCACCGAGAUGGCCAUGUCGGACCUUGAUAAGUACUACAAGGCCCUGGAGAAGGCGCUGCUCGUGUUCCACACCACCAAGAUGGCCGACAUCAACAAAAUCAUCAAGGAGCUGUGGCAGAAGACCUACCGCGGCCAGGACAUCGACUACAUACAGAUCAAGGCCGACACGGAGGGCGCUGGGGCGAGGUCCUACAACUACAGAGUGGUGAUGUACAGCGGCUCCGCCGAGCUGGAGAUGCGGGGUCGGUGCAGUGCGGGUCAGAAGGUGCUGGCCUGCCUCAUCAUCCGACUGGCGCUGGCGGAGACGUUCUGCCUCAACUGUGGCAUCCUGGCGCUGGAUGAGCCCACCACCAACCUGGACGCGGAGAACAGCGCCAGUUUAGCUCGCGCGCUGAAGUCCCUGAUGGAGUCACGGUCCGGUCAGGAGAACUUCCAACUUAUUGUCAUUACACACGACGAGAACUUCGCGCAGCUAAUCGGCACCCGAGAGCACGUGGACACGUUGUGGCGCGUCACCAAGGACCCCGCCACGCAGCACACGCUGGUCACCCCGGAGGCGCUGCGGGACUGA